AUGGCGGCCGAUGCCGUUCUCGCGGCUGUUGAAAGAAUCACGACCGGCAAAACAAUCGCUGCGAGAGAACAUGGCCUCGACGAGAUUCGGAAGAUCUUCUUGUCUGGAUCUGCUGAUACCCUGCGCGACGACAUAUACCAUCGAGCACUUGAAGGCAUCUACCAGGCCGUGACCAAGGAGAAGUCCAACUACCUCAAAUAUGUACGAUCAGGAUCGGUUUCAGCGUCCACUUCCGCCAACAGGCUUGGAGGCCUUUCGGCAGCCCUCAAACUAAUUGUCGACGUUGGCUACACACGAAUCAAAUUCAGAACAGCCAUCUCAGUCUUGGACCACGUUGUCGAAAUCCUUCCCGUCUCAGAAGAUGAGCUCUGUGAACCACUGCGAGGUGACUACAUCAAGAUUCUACGUACGUUAUUUGAGUACGCUCCGCUCGCCGAGCACCUCAAGGUCAAGCAAUGGCGGACGUAUGUCGACUUUAUGUUGGCUGUGAUGUCGAUCUCAGUUGUGGACGAGAACUCUUCCUCGUCUUUUGCAUCGAACAAGGACCUGGCGUCGUCGCGAAACACAAAUCCCUUGUCGAUUCGGGUCAGUCAGUCUAGCAAGAAAGGCUCUGCAUCAUCGCACGUUACUCUUGACGAUCUUCUCGCCGCUAUGAAAUCUCUGACGGCAGUACAAAAUGCACCAAUACCUAGCAGAGCCUCGGCGAUUAUGGAAGGCAUCUUAGAUUGUCUAAACUCGGCAACAAAAUCGCAUGCCUCCGCCAUCGAGACAUUCAACAACGUAGCGCUUGUUCUACUCGGCACAACGUGCGCCUGCUACGAGACAACUUUGCACUCAUCAUUCCUAUUGCGAGGCGACUUUGGUCUGAGUAUUAUUGCUGCCAAACCAACGUCCCCUAUUGCUUUGGACGCCAGCUUGAGACUCCAGCUCAUGCAGACACUGUAUCACGAGUACCAGAGUAGAACUGAAAGAGAUGUCCUCGUUCCGGAUGACAUUACACUACAGUUCACAGGCCAAGGAGACAGUAUACAAGUCGAAUUCAUCCCACAGGUAAUCUCGGCUAAUGCUGUGGCCCAGUGGAUGCUUGUCAGCACACUUACAGCAUUGCAUCGGAGCCUUCUGUUAGACAGCGUGCCCAACGAAGCACCACCAGGGCCAGACAUCGAUGAACAUGUGUCCAAACGCCGCAAGACCUCUACACCGCUUGAAGAGCUUAUGCAGCACGCCACUCUUUCUUCCGGCGUGCGUCAAGUUGCAGCUCUACAGGUACUGUUUGCGCUCGCUGGCCAGGCAGAGGAUACUCUAUUAUGCGGCUUCUUCGCAGAUAGCCUUGAAGCAUUGUUCAAGAUCCUUGCAAAAGAAGACCCAUCUUCUACAACAUGGGUACUUCUCAUCUUCUCAAGGCUCGCCGGCUCCGCUUUGGCGUCCGAGGACACCUUUCGCUCUCUAUGGAUGCGCGUUCUGGAUGCUGCCCUUCGAGCAACAGCGACUACUUCGACAGCUCGUGCUGGUUGUCUUGUCGUGGCGUCAGUGAUCGCGAGCCCACACCUUUCCAUCAUGUGUACUGGGGCUAUGUUACAAGGAUCGUUGUUUGCAACCGGCAAGAUUGGGCCAGCGAAGUUGACAGAUGCGGCGAUCUGGAUGUUCAUCGCUGCAUUGCAGUCCGGCAUUUUCCUUCACGACGACGCUUUCGAAAACUUUUCUGUCCGGGUGAUUGGCUGGCUCGGUACAUCGUGGACGCUUCCCGCGAGUGCUGAUCGCUCGCACAACGCGCACAUGGCCACUCACGCUCGACCUGAGCUACUGUGUAUCCUCCUUGCAUCGCUGAAAGGGAUUGAGCUUUGUCUGCAAUACUUGCUGAAUAGUCCCAAUAUCGCGCCAUUGUAUCAGUUGGAAGAACGUGCCCACAGUGCACAAAAGCUGGCAACUCUUAUGGGCGCAGCCGACCUCCAACUAUCGACAGACCAGCGGUGGUCUGUCACGGCUCAUGCUAUCCACCUGAACGCGCGGACACGCAGCCGGAUCGAGUUUGCCGUCUCUGAAAUGCUUCAAAAUAGGCUUCACGACUUCACAGACUCCUGGAAUACACACAAUGUGGCCGGCAAACUUGGCGGGAUCAGUAACGACAUGCUUGGGGUCACAGCCUGUCUCUGCGUCGUCACUCGGGUGAGCACGGGUCGAACGACUCAGGACAUUCCUGCAUCUUCUCCGACACAAGGACUUGUUGAAGACUUGUGGCAGAGCUUGCAGGUCUUCAUCUCGGAACGACAUCCAGACAGGCGACAAAGAGCGUCUGUACUGGCUGCCACCGUUUCCCGCUUAGGAGACGCCACGGUCAGUGAUGACUUUUUCGUGGCUAGGCAGAUGUUGCCAUGUAGUCAAAGCACAUUGGACACUUUGAAGAAGAUAUCGGAUGCCGAGGACGACGAUGAAGACGAUGACGACCAGAUGGACUCAUUCCACACUGGCAGAUCGCAAAAUGCUCAUAACAAGCGAGACUCUGUACUCACUCGCGUUCUCCGAUACGAGGCUACGAAGCAUGCAACAUUUGUGGAGACCCUUGCAAGCAGUGUGUUGAACAUAGCACUGCUGAUCGAGCAAGGGAGAUCAGAGGGUCAUCUCGAGACCCAAGCAACGGAGGUGCUCCUUAACCACAUACUCAGGCUCGAUAGUGCCGAACUCAUCUCAGCUCGACAUGCAGUGUAUCGCUUUCUAGAUACGCGGCCAUCUUUCUCGCGGAACCAGGUAUUGCGGCUGUUGCAGUUUCUGGGCAACGCCUGCCUAGCAGACAGCGAGUUCGAGCGGUGCGAGGCAGCUUUGAGUUUGUGUGCGAAGGCCAUGACCUAUCUUGCGCAGUACUGGGUGUCAGACCAAGAUGAUGAGCUUGGGGAUCGCGCAUACGAAAUGUACGAAUGGUUUGUCGAGACCGGACUCCGCAAAGGCGUGGCUUCUUCGACAACGCUACUGCAUCUUGCUCAUCUGCUUGAUGCUGUUGCCAGUCUAAGCCCUUCCUAUGGCGAGGGUGCACUGCCAUCAACCAGGACAAACCUGUUCCUGAUUUUCAAAGAUGCAUCGUGCUUGACAAGAUUGCAGAUCACAUCGAAUCUGAAUCGGGUCUUUGGCAACUAUGUGCUGAGUGAACAUGGAGCGAUAUUCGACGAUGUGGUGGAAUCACUACCCAGUGACCCAGACGAUCUGGACGGCUUAGGUACACGUUUCUUUGUACUGUCUCAGCUUGGAGCGACAUGGCAUUCUGUCUUGAAGCAGGCAAUAUAUAGUCUAUUCGAGACUGCCGCCCACGUAACGUCCAUCGUCGAUCUACAGAUCGCGGCUGUCACCCGAAUGUGCCAAUCGCUGUCACUGAAGUCUCCGAGACAGCUUUUCGACCUGUUUGCGUCCCAGAUAUUCUAUACCUGGCUCGGCAUAGGAUCUUUGGGACAGAUUCCCCACAGAGUGUUCUCUUACAACACAUUGACGGAUCUGCUGGUCUCAAACGAAGCAGAGAUUGUCGCUCAAAUCGCUCUGAGAGCUUCGCAGGAGCAUACUACUGAUAUUGCCAACGUCCUCAAGACACCUUGGAAGGUUCUUCUGCGGCGCAACUUUGCAAAAGCCGAAGCAUAUUGUCUUGCAUCACAGAUCACUGUGCCUCCGAGGGAACGAGUAUCAGAAAAGCCGGAAGCCGCCAUCCGCGAGGUAUUGGGCAGUGUCGAAUCCGGACUCUGCUUCCACGAGAGCUUCGCCGACAUUGUCGCGACAUUAAUUGAGACACUCAAGGACGACACGGGCAUCGAGAAAGCAUUCAGCCAACCCGGGCUCGAGGACGCCAAACGAGCCUUCCGAGCAAUGUCAGAUACCACGUCAACGCACACAACCCAGAUCACGGCUCAGCAGCCCUCUUUCAGGUCCAGAUACCUGCUCGACGAGGUUGAUUGGCUGCGGACCCGUCUCGACAUCGCGGACUCUGACAUCUGGAGUCCGGCAAUAUUAGUUCGCCUGUACCGACAUAUGCUUCGUCUUGCGCACCCUGCCAUGGGCCCUUUGCAUGCUGUUGGAAUCCUUCGCAGGAUCCGAAUCGUCAUCGCACUCGGCGGUGCCCAUGCGGUCAGCGGCUACCCAUUGGAGCUAUUGCUCCACAACCUUCGACCCUACCUGACAGUAUUCCAAAGCUCUGGGGACGCGAUCGUGAUCUAUCGGUAUUUGCUAGAGCAUGGUCAGACUCAUCUGCAACAUCGAUUGUCCUUUCUCGCGGGUCUGAGCAUCUCGAUAUUUGCUGCGUUGACGACGUUUAUCGCAAGCUCACAAGACAGCACAACACAGGAAAGCCAUUUCCUUUCCACGAUGUCAAAAGCUCAAGACUUCCGGCGUUGGCUGAAUCGCUACCUCGAUAAGAUAUCCCCUCCACCACGGGAUGUUGCCAAGUUCGAUUUAUGCAAGGGUAUAAUCGUACACGCUGCUGCCAUGACCGGCAGUGGAUCCAACUCGUUGAGUUCGCAUCACGGUUCCGUUCUCUUAGGACUCUUGAACGACCAGGCAUCUGAGGAUCCUCUCUUCCAAGCACUCGACUUUGAUUUGUCAAUCGAGAUUCUGUCCAAGAACUUCGAACCUGCGGUGGAUCCCUCAGACGAUAUCUUGUCUUCUGGUGCUGAUGCUGCGCGUCUACGACCAGUACUUGAGCGCAUACUACGGAUAGCUGGUAUCAACGAAAAGCUCCGAACGUGGGCUGCACAGUCGAUCGGUAGAGGAGUCUCGUGGCAAGGACCAUUCACAAGGCCUGGCAGCAUCGAUUCUUCGGGCCUGUCAGGCAAGGCUACAGAGGCGCUGGACGAUGUGGCGUCCUAUCGAAGCAUCGUAGAAUUCUGGGAACGACUUUUGUGGAAGCAGGACUCGAAAGCCGCAGCAUCUGCUGAACAAUGUCUCCAGGCUAUCGCGAGCCAGCUCGACCAGGCUCAAGCAGCAGCCAUUAUUGGCUCAAGUCGAAGCGCCACUUUGCUAGACGAGCUGCGUUUCGUCGGUUUGUCUUGUCCACCAAUGCGGGAACCUCUGCUGGGACAUGAACAGCUGCCAUCGUUGAAAGAUUGGAGCAGCCAGUCGCACGAGGACUGGGCAACAGAUUUGCUUAUAGCGAUUUGUGCUCAGGCUCUGGAUAAUCCCGUACUACAAGUUGUGCAGCAAUUUGCAUUCUACGAGCCACACGUUGCAAAAGAGAUGUUGCCUUACGCGGUUCAUCUGAUCCUCACGACUGAGCUCGAUAAGAAGCAGGCAACACGGCAAGCAUUGUCUUCCAUAUUUGCGGAGGUCUUCGACAAAUGCAGCGAUGCCGCGUCGGAGAGCGCACGAUACGCGCUGAAGAUUGUGGUCUACCUGCGCCGUUGUGCCAUGCCAAACGAGAAGACGAUCACCCAACGCUCAACGUGGCUAGACAUAGACUGGGCGGCAGCGUCCCGGACGGCGGUACAUUGCCAGUGGUGGCAUACUGCGUUGCUACUCAUCGAGUGGCAGCAGGCUCACGCACAUCUAACAACUACUCGCACAUCAAGGAGAUCCACGUUACCGCCGGCUCUAGAGACAGAGGUCAUCGCCAAAAUAUAUCAGCACGUUGAUGAUCCGGAUUACUUCUACGCUGGUCAUCAGGACGUGGAUGUUGACUCUGUCGUCAGGAGACUGGGACACGAGUCUUCCGGCGACAAGUUGCUCUCUUUCCAGUCUGCUCUGUAUGAUUCAUACGCUCGGUCUGGUGCCGAUGAAGAGCAUUUUGCCUCCGCAACGCUCGCAGCAGCAAAAGCUUUGAGCACAGCCAACAUGAAGGGGAUUUCUCAGUCGAUCAGGAGCGUGAGCAAUGACAACUCCCUCGCGCGCGGCCAGACAAGAGAUGACCUCUCUAGGAGUAUGCUCGAUUGGGACAUCGGACCGGAAGAUACGGGAGCCGUCACUAAGGUCGCUGUUCGGCAUCUCCAGGUUCUGUCCAGUGCUGCAGAUAAGCACUCUCUCCUCUCCACGUUGGACGAAGGUCUUGGCAAGAUUGCAGCUCGAUGGUCGGUCCAAGAGGACAUCCGGCAAGACUACGAAGCAAGAUUGGCCGGGCUUGCAGUGCUGACUGAAGCUAAAGAUGUCUUGCACGCGUCCGGUCAGGCUGCACACAAUGACAUCCUUGACGGCUUCUCCCAAGUCGAGGUUUGGGGCACGAAAGGGAACUUUGAGACAGUCUCUCAGUUUCUAAAUGCUCGAGAGUACAUCCUUGGCUGCGUGUCUCGAAGUCCACAGCUACGAGCAGCAGUCAAUCUGACUGCUCCUCAGGCAUUGCUUGGCGAGGCCAAAGUGGUCAGGCAGUCACUUCUGCUUGCUCGGCAACAUGAUAGUCAUCAGUUCAGUCUCGCGCGUGCAACAUACUUCUCAAAGUUGAGCUUAGCUGGUGAGCGACUUGGUGUCAGUAUCCGUGUUUCCUCACAGUUUGAUAUGGCACAGACGCUCUGGCGACAAGAUGAACGUGCUGCGGCGGUCAAGAUUCUGCAGGAUCUGCAAGUGCGGAAGGAUCUGUCGACUCAAGACAUUCCUGUGGCGCGCUCAGAGCUAUUGGCGGAAUUGGGACAACAAGUUUCGCAAGCACGUUUAGAACCGGCUCGCGAUGUCAUUCAGAACUAUCUGGUCCCCGCUUCAGACGAACUCAAAUCUGAUUCGAACAACGCAAAAGCUGGCCACACGUAUCACGUCUUCGCUGCUUUCUGCGACGGUCAGUUGCAGGACCAGGAGAACCGCGAUGAGUAUAUUCGCCUGACUGAGAUCAGGGAUGCCAAAGCUUCGGAGGUAUCCGAGCUCGAGAGAUUACAGGCGGUGGAUCCGAGCAAACAAGCCCAAUACAAAUCGGCACUCAAAAGUGCAAGAAGGUGGUACGAGUUGGACAAUAUCGAGUGGGAGCGGGUUCGCCAAAGCCGCGAGAAUCUUGUGGCCCAAUGUCUGGAGAAUUACCUUCAAUCGAUGCGAGUCUGUGACACUUACCAGAAUGACACACUCCGAGUGCUGACAAUUUGGCUUGAGGAAGCCGACAAUCCUGGAGCUACGGAGGUCGUCUACAAUCACAUUAGGUCCGUACCGUCGUGGAAGUUCGCGGGACUCAUGAGUCAACUGCUCUCCCGCCUGCAGGACACAGAGGAUGCCUUCCAGCAAUGUCUCGUUGAUUUGACGUUCCGCAUCUGCUCAGAUCAUCCCUACCAUAGUCUGUACCAGCUGUUCGCUGCAAGCAAGACUAGAAGCGCGAGAGGAGAUGAAGCAGGCAAAUCCCGAUACGAUGCGGUCAACAAGCUUGCGAAGAUUGUGCAGCAUAAGAGUCCUGUGAGAGAUACGUGGGCCGUCAUUCAUAACACGAAUGUUGCGUUCGUUGGCGUUGCACAGGCAAGACUGGACGAGAAAGUGGUCCGUCAGAACUCCAAAUUAUCCCUGCGGGAAGUCAGAGGAGGUGAGAAGUUGAUCGCCGAUGUCGCAAAUGCAAGGAUCAGGACACCAGCUCCAACCAUGCGUGUCUCUAUAAGACGAGACAAAGACUACUCGUCAGUGUCUACAAUGGUGAAGCUAGAGUCAACCAUCACCGUGGCUGGAGGAAUUUCCGCCCCCAAAAUAGCCACAGCACUCAUCUCAGACGGCACACGCCACAAGAUGUUGAUGAAAGGCGGCAACGACGACCUUCGACAAGACAGCAUCAUGGAGCAAGUCUUCGAACAAGUCUCGAAUCUCCUCGGUGAGCAUCCUGCCACACGGAAGCGCAAGCUAGGCAUCCGAACAUACAGAGUCGUCCCUCUGCUUUCCAACGCCGGCAUCAUCGAAUUCGUCCAGAAUACCAUGUCUCUCCAAGACUACCUCUUCCCGGCCCACAAGCGUUACUUCCCCGGUGACCAUAGCUCCGGCCGGUGCCGCUCGUACAUUGACAACGCACGAGACAAGUCUCCUAAAGAACGCGUUGAAGCAUACCGCAUGGCCAUCCAGAAAUUCCACCCUGUGAUGCGCUUCUUCUUCAUGGAGAACUUUCCCGGUCCAGAUGACUGGUUCUACAGACGCCUCAACUAUAGCCGGUCCAUGGCCGCAACGUCUAUGCUCGGACAUGUCCUGGGUAUCGGGGAUCGACACACGCAAAACAUACUCUUAGACACUAUGAGUGGUGAGGUUGUGCAUAUCGAUCUGGGCAUUGCUUUCGAACAAGGUCGGAUCUUGCCGAUCCCGGAAACAGUACCCUUCCGUUUGACGCGGGACAUGGUCGAUGGCAUGGGCAUCUCGGGUCUCGAGGGCGUGUAUCGCCGCUGCUGUAACUUCACGUUGGAGGCGCUACGCUUAGAGCAGGAGUCGAUCAUGACGAUCCUCGACGUCCUCCGCUACGACCCACUAUACUCAUGGUCGGUCUCACCUCUGCGCCUCGCGAAAAUGCAGGAGAAUGCUCAACGAGCAGCUCUCCUCGAAACUUCACAUGCUGCUGGUGGACAUCAAGAUAGUGUCAUGACUACCGGUAGCGCGGCCAACGGCACGAGGUCCGCGGCAGCAGCAGCAUUCGCGCAGCCAGCGCCGAUUAAGCGAAUUGGGGAGGUGAAUGAGAGUGGCGAGGCGGCGAGAGCGCUUGCGGUGGUGGCGAAGAAGUUGGGACGGGGUCUGAGUGUCGAGGCUAUGGUGAAUGAAUUGAUUCGGCAGGCGACUGAUGAGAAGAAUUUGGCGCUGUUGUUCUCGGGGUGGGCUGCUUAUGCUUGA